AUAAUAAUAAUAAUAAAUAAAUAAAUAAAUAAAACCCAAAAACAUUAGCCGGACGAAGCUGCAUCGCCAACGGCAAUAAACAUCAUUCUUGCAUGGAUACCAUUAAGCUGUUCUCUCUCUUAAGAGCAUGCAUAAAUUCGAAGUCACUGAAACAAGGCAAGCUCAUUCACCAGAAAGUAGUCACUUUAGGUCUACAAAAUAACAUUGCAUUGAGCAAAAGUCUCAUCAAUCUCUACUUCUCUUGCCACUUAUUUGAAUCUGCAAAGCUAGUUUUCGAAACCGUUGACAACCCGUUAGACAUUUCUUUGUGGAAUGGCCUUGUAGCAGCUUACACCAGUAACUGCAUGUUCAUUGAAGCUAUUGAGCUCUUUGAGAGGUUGCUUCACUUUCCUCAUCUUAAACCGGAUAGUUAUACAUUCCCAAGUGUUCUAAAGGCAUGUAGUGGCUUGGGCAGAGUUGAUUAUGGCAAAAUGAUUCAUACCCAUGUGAUCAAAAGUGGGUGUUUCUCAGAUGUUGUUGUUACUAGCUCUUUACUUGGGAUGUAUGCUAGGUGUAACCUUUUUGGCUCCGCAGUACAGCUGUUUGAUGAAAUGCCUGAAAGAGAUGUGGCUUGCUGGAAUACUCUAAUCUCUUCUUAUUAUCAGAAUGGACAGUGUGAGAAAGCUCUGGAAUUGUUUGAAAAAAUGAAGGGUUUUGGGUUUGAGCCUGAUUCGGUGACGCUGACGACCGUUAUAUCUUCCUGUACAAGGCUUUUGGAUUUUGAAAGAGGGAAGGGGAUUCACAAAGAAUUGGUGAGAAAUGGGUUUGCUUUGGAUGGUUUUAUUACCACUGCUCUUGUGGACAUGUAUGGAAAAUGUGGUUGUUUAGAGAUGGCCAAGAAGCUUUUCGAGCAAAACCCAAGAAAGAGUUUGGUUUCUUGGAAUUCCUUGAUAUCAGGCUACAGUUCAAUAGGUGAUGUGAAUUCAUGCAUUGAGCUUUUUCGGAGGAUGAAUGCAGAAGGAAUUAAAUCCACUUCUACAACUUUAAGUAGCUUAUUAAUGGCUUGUUCUAGAUCAGCCAAACUGCAACAUGGAAAAUUUAUCCAUGGGCAUAUUAUAAGAAACCAUUUAGAAGCUGAUCUUUUCAUCAAUAGCUCACUUGUUGAUCUGUACUUCAAAUGUGGAAGUGUUCAGUUAGCUGAAGUCGUCUUUGGAAAGAUGCCAAAGACAAAUGUAGUGGCUUGGAAUGUAAUGAUUUCUGGGUAUGUGUCAGUAGGUUGCUACUUUAAGGCUCUUGGCAUCUUUGCUGACAUGGAACAAGCUGGCAUAGAACCAGAUGCCAUCACAUUCACUAGUGUCGUAGCAGCUUGUUCACAACUAGCAGCCUUAGAACAGGGUAAGGAGAUUCACAAGUGUAUCACUGAAAGCAAGUUGGAACCCAAUGAAAUAGUCAUGGGGGCUCUGCUGGACAUGUAUGCUAAAUGUGGUGCUGUGGAUGAAGCUCUUAGUGUUUUUAAUCAAUUACCAGAGAGAGACAUUGUCUCGUGGACUUCCAUGAUCAUGGCUUAUGGGUCUCAUGGCCAAGCUUUUGAAGCUUUGGAACUUUUUAAUAAACUGCAAAGAACCAAUACGAAACUUGACAGAAUCGCUUUUCUUGCAGUAAUGUCUGCAUGUAGCCAUGCAGGAUUAGUUGACGAGGGCUGUUAUUAUUUCAAUUUAAUGAUUACUGAUUAUGGAAUCAAACCUACAAUUGAAGACUACUCAUGCUUGAUGGAUCUUCUUGGACGUUCUGGGAGACUGCAUGAAGCAUAUGAGAUUCUCCAAAACACCCCCGACAUUAAAGAGGAUGGUGGAUUGUUAAGCACAUUAUUUUCUGCUUGCCACAUGCACGGGGAAUUGGAAUUAGGGGAGGAAAUUGCAAGAUUGCUAAUUGAGAAGGAUCCUGAUGAUCCAUCAACUUACAUAAUUCUAGCUAACAUGUAUGCUUCCAUGAAGAAAUGGGAUGAUGCACGCAAGGUGAGAUUGAAGAUGAAGGACCUUGGAUUGAAAAAGAAUCCUGGGUGUAGCUGGAUUGAAGUUAAUAAGAGGAUUCAAACUUUUCUUGUGGAAGAUAAAUCACACCCAGAAGCAGAGAUGGUAUAUGAAUGUUUAUCAUUUCUUACCAGUCACAUGGAGAAGGACGAACUGCUGUCAUGUUAGAAAUAAAGCACGAGUAUUUUCAAUCCAGAAGCACCUGCGUUGAUAUAAAGCUGGACAUAAAUUCCAAUCCCAAAAGAUUUGACCGUACGUGUUACACAUUGCAAUGAGUCCAACCCCAUUCUUUUGGCAUAAAAGGCAAGGAUGAUGAUGAUGAUAAUGUUAUAUAUUCUCAUCAGAGAAUGCAAGUGGGUAAGCAUAAUAAAGCUUCAAAAGCCAAACAGAUUCAAUUAAAAGCUUUUGGCUAGCAAUUCUUGCAUCCCUCUCAAUAUGGAACCAAAGAAGAGUAAUUCUGACAUCUUCUUGGUUUUAUGAAGUGACAUUAUGCAACCUGCUCUUUAUCUGAUUGUAUCUGUACGACAGGGACCCAAUAACAUCAGUACUCACAUAUGCAUUUGUGCUGAAGACUUGAUUGAUUUGGUGGAGGGAAUCAAGGAAUGGGGAAUUCCAUCUGAAGCCAAUAGUCCCAAAACAUACACUAGAAGUACUCCCUUGAAUUCUCCAUUAGUCAACUGUGAUAGCUUGCUGAAAUCAGAAGGUACGAGGAAUUGAAACAGUCACCACCUAAGAUCCAAAGUCUGGGGAGUUUGUAAUUAACACUCCAUGUGAAUCAGCUCAGAAGUACUGGAUUGGAGGAGCAGCUAAUUUUUUUUAUUUUUUUUAAAUCUGUUUCUUGCAAAAAUAUUGGUAUUCAUAGUUAUCCUUUCAGCUCCAAAAAAAUGUAAAUUCGUGCUUAUUUUCGACUCCCGCGAUAUUUUUUAUCUAAUACCCGAACAAAUCCUUGGAUACUCAAUCCAAACCCUACCCCUCUCCCCAUCGAAGCCCAUUUCUUUCUGAUUUGAAGCAAUCUGGAGCUGUUGAAGCCCCAAUCUUUGUGUCUUUGUCUGAAGCUGAAACAAAGAUCUUCAUAAAAGAGAUCUCCAUAACCGAAGCCCUAACCCCCUCUCUCUGUCAUUCGAAGCAAACUCUGAUAACCGAAGCCUCAAUUUCUCUUUUAUGCUUCUAGUGCUGGUUUGAAGCAAUGAUCAAUUCAUUUUGAAAGCUUUGGCGUCAAACCCCUCUGUUCAUGGUUUAGUAUUUUCUUUUCUUCUUUUUGGAAUAUUAAUUUGGUGUUUGAUUUAUAGGUGUUUUACUAAAUUUGCUCUAUUCCUGUCUUAUUUUCUCUUUCUAAGGCUAGUAUUGUUUCGGGUAGAGGGCCGAUUAUCCUGGCUGGGAGGUUCAAGGGGAAGAGGGUUGUGUUUUUGAAACAGCUUGCAUCUGGGUUCUUCAAGUUACUGGCUAGAUGUGUAUAACCGUGAUUAUUUAGUAAGUGGGAUUUAAAGGCUUCUUCUCAGGAGGCCAUUCAAGCUGAAGGAUAAAUAUCAACUGAUCCUGUUGCCAUCGAUGCUCCUGGUGGAUUUUUCUUUGAAUGGUGGUCAGUUUUUGGGAUAUAUUCAUUGUUAGGACUAAUGAGAAGCACUCAGAGAUUGCUGCAUCUUACAUUGAGGAUCAUAAGAGGAGCAGGCUUUACUAGUGCAGUGGACUGGUGGGCCCUUGAGGUAACUUGCAGAUGCAUAUACGUUCCAUGGCUCAGCAACUAAUCACACGGAACGGGCUAAAUUCCGAUCCACACAGGGAUGCUGAAUUGAGUUGAAGCAAGAUGCAGAUUGGAAAUGGUCUAUAAAUUUGCGAUUAAAUUUCUGGGACAUCUCAGAAGUUAAGAUACAAUAUAGGUUAUGUUGAAGUUGCUUUCCAUUUUGUCAUCUAUAGGACAAGGAAAACAAAAUGACUCCGACUGAAUUUGAAGUAUAUGCAUUUAUCCAUAACAUUCUUUUUGAACUUAUAAUUAGUAAUCACUGUAUCAAAAAUUCGGAUAUCACUGUUGUAAUACUUGCUUAAGCCAUAAAUGAGCAAUAAUGAAAGAAUGACUCUUAAAGUGUCCUUUAA